AGCAACUGCAUAAUUUCGGAAUUUAAGUGAACAUCUUUCUAAAAUGAAAAUAAGCAAAGAGUAUGACAGAGUUCAUUGGACGUUCAAGCUGGUGGCCCCCGUUUUUUUCAUUGGUUACCUGGUCGGAUUUGUCUUGGUUCUUUGCUGGUAUUGGUGGGAUUGGAGCUUCAGUCAACGGGAUCUUCGCAUUCAGCUUAAAUUUGUGUGUCCGGUGGUGCUUGUUCUGGCGCUUCUAAACUGGCGGCCCACAAGAUGCAUCCUGGCCUUGGCUAUACCGUCUCUGUGUAGCUCCCGCGGAAGGGCCUUCCUCGUCAGCCUGGCCUUCAUUUUGGUGGCGAUCGGACCCGCGGCAAACAUUUUGGCCAAUCUAAAGGUGCUGCUGCGGAGCCUAGCCUGCGGCCAGCAGCUGCUGCGCCAGGCCCUUGGUCAAAUGCUUGACGUGAUCAUGGAGCCGGUGAACGCCAUUCGGCUGGCCGUGGACCUGAUGCUUACAGAAGUGAAUAAAGUGCUCAAUCAAAUAAUGUCCGUUCUCCUGCGUAUGCAGGAGCACCUUAUGGUCGUCAUUGACACUCUUAAGAACUGCGGUGCCUGGCUAAAGUCCGUCGUGGACCUGUGCAACACUGAGAUGGGAACUCCGUGGGAGCGCUGUAAGGCAACAGCACACCAAGCUAUGGUCACAUGCCAGGAUAAAAUGGGUGUCUUCAAGGCGCUCUGCCAUGCCACGAAGUUGUUUCUUGCCCUGUGCUACCCUGCAAAGCUCAUCGAUGUCUUUUGCACCGGGUACUGGGAUCUUAGCUGGGACCUACUGGACAAAAUAUUGCAGCGUUACCGUGAGUUUGUGCGGCACAUAGAGCAAAUGUUUGACGCCAAUAUAACCUUCGAGCACAAGUUUUUCUUCGAUACUAAUUCCUCGAAAAGUCUAUCAGACAUAGAAGAGGAGAUAAUGCAGGAUAUAAACGGGCGACUAUCGCCGUUUAUCUUCGUUCAAAGCUUUAUGGAUAUUCUCAGUGUUGUAAUGUUUUUUACAGUUUUUAUUAAAGCUAUGGUCUUUUACAUUCGCUACAUGAACAGCCGGCACUUUCACAAUGUUUUCAUUACCAAAAAAUUGCAUCUGCUCGACUUGCGCUACCAGAGGCACGGAUACAAUUCUAUGCUGCCCCUUAACCGACUCGAGAAAUCCAAAUACACGAAGCUUACUAGUGUGCGCCUGACGAUGAUGGAGUGGCUUUCAAUUAUAGAGAACUCUUUCUUCAUGAUAACCACAUGUCUGCAAAUUUUUGCCAUCUGCUUACUGGACUACAGCCUUUUCUGGUUGCUGGCCAUGAUGUCCUACUAUGGCCACCAAGAGGACGGCCUGGAGGUGCCCGCGUACAUUGACCUGGAGAUCAGGGGCGGGGGAUUCGUGGCCGACGUCAUGAGGGGAAUAGCAGGUGCUUUCCGACCCCUGACGCAGAAGAACAAGAUCGACAGCAACCCAUGCCUUCCCCUGCCUAUUAAGCCCGACUACUCCCGGUACGUUAAGAUAUUAAUGCUCUGUCUGUUGGCGUGGGUCAUCGUACUGGUCGAACCGUAUGUCCUGCGCUCCCGCCAUUGCAUCAUGGCACACUUUUACCCAAAAAGAGCAAACGAGAGACUCAUGUUUCUAUACAGAAAGAUUAGCGAGUCAAGAAUUGGCAUUUUUAAGUUCGCCCGUCGCAGGGUGCGAAAUGAAUUUAUACACCAGGGUCAAGGUUCGCACUUCAAAGCGGUCACCUGGUUGAGGGAAAAACUUUCUUGGUGCUCCAGCUGCUGCUCGAACGCAGACCACUGCACCAUAUGCGGCGCAACCCUGGCCUCAUCAAAUUCCCAUUUCUGCGACACACCGGAAUGCAAGGGGGUCUAUUGUGAUGACUGCUUUGAAGAGUCGAAGCAUAAAUGCUGCCUAUGCAAGCCACCUUUGGAAUACGGUGAUUUCUCCGACUGCUCCGUAGUCGAGGACUCUUCAGAAUUUUCAGAAACAGAAACGUACAAAGAGCAAGAAUUCAGAAAGAUCUGCAAAGUCAACGCAGCCAAAAGUACCGAGCGUACUAAACAUAAAUAA